AUGGCUCCAAAAAGUGCGUCCCGCACUCGCUCUGAGGAUAAGCAAGUCAUUCAAACCCCCAAUGGCACAGCCAAGUCAGCAAUAGCAAAGCCCACCGACUACAGCUCCCACGGGGUCACUGACAAUGACAUCUUCAUGUUACCAGCCUCCGAUCUGCAGCUCUUGGGCGUUCUCACAAUUAUUGCAGCAGUUGUGCGUCUCUUCAGAAUAUACCAACCAAGCAGCGUCGUUUUUGACGAGGUUCACUUUGGAGGCUUUGCUUCAAAGUACAUCAAAGGAAGAUUUUUCAUGGACGUUCACCCACCGCUGGCGAAGUUACUCUUGACACUCGCGGGCUAUCUGGCUGGCUUUGAUGGAGAAUUUGAUUUCAAGGAUAUCGGAAAAGAUUAUCUCGAGCCUGGUGUUCCAUAUGUGGCGAUGAGAUUAUUGCCGGCCGUUAUGGGUGUAAUGACUGUUCCUAUGAUCUUCUUGACAUUGAAGGCUGCUGGGUGUCGAACCAUGACUGCUACGCUGGGUGCAGGAAUGAUCAUCUUUGAGAAUGGGCUACUCACCCAAUCCCGCCUCAUCCUCCUCGAUUCGCCAUUGAUCGUUUUCACUGCAUUUACUGCUCUGGCAUGGACUUGCUUCACAAAUCAGCACGAACAAGGGCCUUCCAAAGCUUUUGAUCCUAGCUGGUGGUUUUGGCUUGUUGCGACGGGUCUCGGGCUUGGCGCCACGGUGAGCGUGAAAUGGGUAGGUCUGUUCACAAUCGCUUGGGUGGGGAGCUUGACCAUUGUCCAACUGUGGGUUCUGAUCGGGGAUGCAAAAACUGUUGCGCCGAGAUUGUGGUUCAAGCAUUUCCUUGCCCGGGUCUUCUGUUUAAUCGUCAUCCCGGUAACUUUCUACGUGGCACUGUUCGGUGUUCAUUUCCUCUGCCUUGUCAAUCCAGGCGACGGAGACGGGUUCAUGUCAUCGGAAUUCCAGGCCACUUUGAACUCCAAGGCAAUGCAGGACGUGCCUGUGGACGUGAUCAUGGGCAGCCGAGUUAGCAUACGCCACCACAACACUCAUGGAGGAUAUCUGCAUUCACAUAAUCACAUGUAUCCCACUGGUAGUAAACAGCAACAGAUCACUCUUUAUCCACACAAGGAUGAGAACAACGCUUGGCUGCUUGAAAAUCAGACGCAACCCCUUGGUGUGGAUGGAGAAGAGGCUAAAGGCGUCAAAGCCUGGGAUACGAUUGACCCGGUGCCCCUUGUCGAUGGAAGCAUUGUUCGCCUGUAUCACGUGAUUACAGACCGACGGUUGCACUCACACGACGUGCGCCCUCCUGUCAGCGAGGCAGAAUGGCAAAAUGAAGUCUCUGCCUAUGGGUACGAAGGUUUCGAAGGGGACGCUAAUGAUCUCUUUAGAGUUGAGAUUGUUAAGUCGAUGUCCGAUGGCGCUUUGGCCAAAGAGCAAGUUCGCACUAUCGAAACCAAGUUCAAGCUUGUCCACAUCAUGACUGGCUGCUCUCUGUUCUCCCACAAGGUCAAGCUGCCAGACUGGGGAUUCGAUCAACAGGAAGUUACUUGCGCCAAGCAAGGCACGCUUCCUAACAGUAUUUGGUACGUUGAGCAAAAUGAACAUCCUAAGCUUGGCGCGGAUGCAGAGAAGGUCAAUUACAAGAACCCCGGGUUCCUAGGGAAGUUCUGGGAACUCCAAAAGGUGAUGUGGACAACGAACGCUGGCCUGGUCGAAUCCCACGCUUGGGACUCGAGGCCACCAUCCUGGCCAAUACUGCGCCGGGGUAUCAAUUUCUGGGGUAAGGACCAUCGCCAGAUCUAUCUCAUAGGCAACCCUAUCAUUUGGUGGUCGUCAACGAUUGCCGUCGGUAUCUAUUUCGUUUUCAAAGGAUUAUCCAUUCUCCGCUGGCAACGAGGAUAUCACGAUUACGACAACGUCAACUUCAAGCGCUUUGAUUACGAGAUUGGUACUUCGGUUCUGGGCUGGGCACUUCACUACUUCCCAUUCUAUCUGAUGCAACGUCAGCUCUUUCUCCACCAUUACUUCCCGGCACUCUAUUUCGCGAUCCUUGCAACGUGUCAGGUCUACGAUUUCGCAGCGAACAGGGCAGGAGGCCCAUUUGGAGUCAGGGACAAUCCUGCCAUUGGCAGAACCGGUGUUGCGGCUUUCUUGGCCAUGAGCAUCGUUGCAUUCACUCUUUAUGCACCCCUAUCGUACGGAAACCCCUGGACUCAAACCUCUUGUCAACAAGUCAAGCUCUUUGAGACUUGGGACUUUGAUUGUACUGCAUUCCACACCGAUCUCAAUCAAUACGAUAUCGUCCAACCCAGCAGCAAUAUUCAGCCGACAGACGCUCCAGCCGUGCCUCCCCCAGGUGGGCAACAACGGGCACCACCUGCAGAAAAUGUCACGCCACAACCUGCGGUAGAGGAAGCCUCUGUACGCCGAGAAGAGAAAGUCGAGUACAGAGAUCAGGACGGCAAUCUAUUAAACGAAGAAGAAGUCGCCGCCCUAGCGGGCAAAGUAGACUUCCAAACCCGAUACGAAACCAGAACACGAAUGAUCGAUGCUGACGGCAACGAGAUACCCAGUUACGCUGGGACGGCGCCACCGCAUCCUGCGGAUCGUGAGCCUGAGACUGCAGCUGAUGACCCGGAGAACGACGGGAGAGAACUUCCGGCUACAGCAAGUCCAGAGGAUGAUGUGGCCAAGGAAAAGUCCUUGCAAAAGAACAACGGUGGGAAGCCGGAACCAGGGAGCGAGGCCACUUCGGCCACCAAGUGA